UCAGCUCAGCCCCGAAGCUCUGCCCAGGAAGCCAACACGUUCAUAUAGGCACGAGCAUUAGAGAAGAGGAAACAUACAUUUAAAUCCAAACAGGCUCAUCUGGAAGAAAACAUUGGUUUUCAAUGCAGCUAUGAAUUAAGAAAAUACAAAAGAAAUUUGAAUGCUUCUUCAGAAGAGAAAGCCUGGGAAAAAGAAUUACUGAGGAAGAGCAGCCAGCAAAUUCAGCAUGACAGAAGCCUACUCACAAGUCACAACUGAAUACAUUUACGAUGAAGAUGCUUUCUUCUGCAAUAAAACCGACAUCCAAGAGUUUGGGAAAAUAUUUCUGCCACUAUUUUACAUCAUCGUGUUUGCUCUUGGCCUCACGGGGAAUCUAAUGGUGGUUUUUGCCAUUGUGAAAGGCAAUAAAAAAAGCAUCACUGACAUCUAUCUCCUGAACUUGGCCAUCUCUGACCUUCUCUUUGUGAUCUCCCUCCCGUUCUGGGCGUCCAACACAGUCCGUGGAUGGACUCUUGGGACCGUUGCAUGUACUGCUGUUUCCUCACUGUAUUACAUUGGUUUCUUUGGGGGAAUGUUCUUUAUCACUGCUAUCAGCAUUGACAGGUACUUGGCCAUUGUCAGGGCAACUUACUCUCUGAGAUCCAGGACAGUAAGACAUGGCCUUCUGGUAAGCUGUGGAGUGUGGGCAAUAGCAGUGCUAGUGUCGGUGCCACAGUUUGUGUUCUCCCAGCUCAUAGAAAAUUACUGCAUUGCUGUCUACCCAGAGAAGCUGGAGAACAUCUGGCCAGUGUUCUGCAAUAUGGAGCUGAACACCAUUGGCUUUCUCAUCCCAGUCUGUAUCAUAUUCUAUUGCUACUGUGGGAUCAUCAAAACUCUUUUGUCCUGCAAAAAUCAGAAAAAAGCCCGAGCCAUAAAACUGAUAUUGAUUGUGGUGGUGGUUUUUUUUCUGUUUUGGUCCCCUUACAAUGUACUGAUUUUUCUAGAUACUUUAAAUCACUAUGAGUUAUUCACAGAUUGCAACCAAAUUAAGUCAUUGGACUAUGCAAUGCACCUGGCUGAAACCAUUGCAUUCAGUCACUGUUGUCUCAAUCCUUUUAUCUAUGCAUUUGCUGGGGAAAAAUUCAGGAAAUACCUUUAUCAUGUCUGCUUGAAGUACUGUCCAUUCGUGUGUUUCUGUGGGCCCUGCAGUCAGUACCAGGUCUCUCAUUCACUUAGUUAUGCAGAAAGUGUGGUGAACAGCAACAUUACCCAGAACACCAGUGACCAGGACGGCUCUGUCUUUGUCUAAAAGGGUCUCAGAAGGAGAAAUGUAUCAAUACCUGUCUUCUGCAGGGAUAGCAGCCACUGAGGGGUUCCAUUUACCCAUCUGAAGAGCCUUAAAGGCUUCCCUGAAUUACUGACAUGCCUCUAGUUAACCAUUAAAUAUACUAAAACAGCAAAGAUUUUAAAAACAAAAGCAAUACAAUAUGUCAGUGUUGGACAUGGAAUGGAAUCAAAAGCAAGGAAGAGGGAAAGUAGAAACAAAAGGAGCUCUCUGUGCUUAGAAAAGGAAGAGAGUAGGGAACUUUUUGAACAGUUCCACCACUGGAACUUGUGCAUGUGUCAGUGUAUCUGCAUGUGAUACUGAUGUACAUAGACCUAAACUCAUUUUUUAUAAGGGAAGAGAAGUCUUUUUAAUGAAAGGUGACUAAGUUUUUGGAGAGGGGAAUAUUUUUGAUAGUAAAGGGGUGUAUUUUUGAUGCUAAGUAUCCAUAAGGAAGUGAUUUCUUGGUUAUUGAUUGCAACAAAUGU